AUGGAUACAUCAGCUCUUUCUAUUGCAAAAAAUGUCUCCCGCAAAGUAGGCCCAGAUGGAUUAACAAAACAACAAAGAUAUUUAGAAAAGAAAAUUUUGAAGCAAGAAGAGGCCGAGAUACAGAAGGCUCUCAGCAUCGACGACACUAUGAACCAGCUAUUGGAGCCAUUAGUUCCAAAUCCAAGUCCGUCAUUUGAAGCUUUAGCUCAACAGCCUAGACAAGCAGAAGUUCUUAAAAUGUUUACUGAAAGGUCGACACAAACUGACAAUCAGAUAGAAAAGUCUAUUGAAACCAACAAUAAUAUCGAAAGCAAAGACAAGAGUUAUUAUACCUCUCAAGAAUAUUAUCUAUCUCAAGAAUUUGAAGACUUGAUGCACGAGAAGCUCAUGACGCUGGAACGUCUGGAUCGUGCAAAGAAGGCCGACAAGGCUUAUGAAAAGGUCAUUGACGAGUACGAUGAUUUUUAUCAGGCCCUCAAACAGCGAUGGACUAUCCAUUCAGGCUGGAGCCACUCACGACGCUUCAAAGGGAGUCGGUUGGAAGAAAAAUGCAGGCUCCUUCAAGAUGCACUACAAGAGGCCGACGAACUCAAUUCUAAUGUAUUGCAAGAAACUCCUCCAAAUACUCCGGAAUGGUUUGAAACAUUUGUCCAGCUUCGAGAAAUUGUAGGAAAGCGGGGACAUCUACAGGUAGUUUACCACACCCUUAUGGAUACAGUUUAG